AUGGCAGAAACCGCCGUGAAGUUUGUACUCGAUAAGCUUACACCAUUCUUCUCAAAUGAAGUGUAUAUGAUGAACGGUCGUCGUGAAGAAGUUGUUUACGUGAGAACAGAACUGGAGCGCAUGAAGGUGUUCUUGAGAAGCGCCGAUUGUUUAGAAGAAACCGACGAAGAAGUCAAAAUUUGGGUGAAGCAAAUCAGAGAUGUAGCUCACGAUAUCGAAGAUGUUUUAGACGAGUUCACUCUACUUCUUACUCACAACCACGGCGAUGGUUUCUACGGCUUUCUUCACAAGCUUUCGUGUUGUGUCAAGAACAUGAAGGCUCGUUAUCGAAUAGCGUAUGAAAUCCAAGACAUCAACUCAAGAAUCAAGAGCAUUUACGAGGGACACCUCAGACUCAGUAAAAAAUUCCGAGCAGCUGAACAGGCUGGUUCGAGUUUGGCGAAUUCUUGGAAUGACCGUCAUGGGGACGCUCUUCUUUUGGACGAGACUGACUUGGUUGGCAUUGAUGGGCCUAAAGAGAAGGUGGCUGAGUUGCUAGUGGGCGGGGGCUUAGGUCGUCAAGUGGUUUCUCUGGCGGGGAUGGGAGGAAUGGGAAAGACAACUCUGGCGAAACAAGUCUACAAUGAUAGACAAGUUAAGAAACACUUCACUAUCCGUGCUUGGAUCACUGUUUCAAGAAGCUUCAAGAUGGAGAAGCUUCUUAAAGAUAUGCUUAAGCAGCUUUUUCAAGCAAUUAGGAAAUCGGUUCCGAAGGCUGUGGAGACGAUUAGUAGUGAUGGGUUGAAGAAAAUAAUAAAGGAUUUUCUUCAGGAAAGAAGGUAUUUGAUUGUUCUUGAUGAUGUGUGGCAUAUAAAUGAUUGGGAUGCGGUGAAAUAUGCUUUGUCCACCAACAAUUGUGGCAGCCGAGUGAUGCUCACUACGCGUAAAGUUGAUUUAGCCUUCACUUCUCGGUUGGAAUCCGAAGGUUGGGUCUAUAAUUUGCAGCCGUUGCCUCCUGAAGAGUCCUGGAUUCUUUUUUGCGCCAAAACCUUUCAUGGAAAAGCUUGUCCUCCACACCUGGAGGGAAUUUGUAGGUGUAUUUUGAAGAAAUGUGAAGGACUUCCUCUUGCGAUAGUGGCGAUUGGUGGGGUUUUGGCUGCGAAAGAUAGGCGAAGGAUUGAUGAAUGGGAAAUGGUUCAUCGGAGUCUUGGUGCUGAGAUUGAAGGCAAUGACAAACUCCAUAAUUUGAAGAAAGUGCUUUCACUCAGCCUCAAUGACUUGCCAUGCCAUUUGAAAGCAUGUUUUCUUUACUUGAGCAUCUUUCCGGAGAAUCAUUUAAUCGAACCAAUGAGACUGGUUCGGUUGUGGACGGCAGAAGGAUUUGUUGAAGCGAAAGAAGGAAAGACAGUGGAAGAAGUUGCGCAGGAGUACCUCAGCGAGCUCUUGAACAGAAGCCUGAUGCAAGUGGCUGGAACAACAAGCGAUGGAAGAGUCAAGGCCUGUAGAAUCCACGACUUUCUGAGGGAAAUCAUUAAAACAAAGUCAAGAGAGCUCAACAUUGUAGCCAUAGCUAAAGAACACAUGAAUCAGAACGCACUAUGGCCAGAUAAAGUUCGACGAUUAUCAGUUCACAAUACACUGCAAAAUGUUCAGCAAAACAGGUUUGUCAACGCUUCUCAAUUGCGUUCUCUGUUCAUGUUUGGGAUAGAUGAAAAGCCAUGCCUGCACGCACUUUUUCCAAGUGGGUUCAAGCUUCUUGGCGUCCUGGAGAUGCGAGGUAUACCAGUCACAAAAUUUCCCAUUGAAGUUGUAAACUUGUAUUAUUUGAAGUACCUGAGCUUGAGGGACACCAAGGUGAAAACGAUUCCAAGAUACAUAGGGAAGCUUCAGAACCUGGAGACCUUAGAUCUUAAACAAGCCUAUGUCACUGAAUUGCCAUCAGAGAUACUCAACCUCAAAAAGCUUCGUCAUCUCAUGGUUUACCGAUAUGAAUAUGAGACUUUUACUUGUUUUAAAUAUGGCUUCAAAUGUUUAGAGAAGAUUGGUGUUCUUCAGUCUUUACAGAAACUCAGUUUUAUCGAGGCAAACCAUGUUGGUGUUAAGACGUGA